UGGUGAAACAUACGGGGGAAACUCAUUCAGUACAGUGCUCUCUUUUAUUUCGCGUAUUUAAACAUUAUAGUUAUCGUCCGAUUAAUAGCCGUCGAAAUAACGUCUUUCCUCUGUGACAAAAUGUGAAGUGGUUUCUUCCGCUGUCAUUCCCCAAGUUGUCAAACGAAGGCAGGAGAGGGAGGGUCAACAUGGCGUCUGAGCAGGAGAGUUCUAAUGGGCCUGUGAAGAAGUCUAUGCGAGAGAAGGCCAUUGAAAGACGAAACAUCAACAAGGAACACAACAGUAAUUUCAAAGCAGGUUAUGUACCGAUAGAAGAAGAACGUCUUCACAAAACGGGGUUAAGAGGUCGCAAGGGAAACAUUGCUGUUUGUGUCAUCGUCCUCCUCUUCCUCCUCGCUCUCAUCAAUCUGAUAAUCACUUUGGUGAUAUGGACAGUCAUCCGCAUUGGCCCGAAUGGUUGUGACAGUAUGGAAUUCCAUGAGAAUGGACUGCUGCGUUUCAAACAGAAGGCAGACAUGGGCAUCGUCCAUCCACUACACAAGAGCACAGUAGGAGGCAGAAAGGACCAGGACCUUGUCAUUACUGGCAAUAACAACCCAGUUGUGUUCCAGCAAGGCAACACUAAGCUGAGUGUGGAGAAAGACAAGACCUCUAUCGUCAGUGAUGUGGGCAUAUCUUUUACUGACCCCCGCACGCAGACCACAUUCUUCAGCACUGACUUUGAAAACCAUGAGUUCCACCUGCCCAAAGGAGUUAAUGUGCUCAACGUAAAAAAGGCCUCCACAGAAAGGAUUACAAGUAAUCCAUACUCUGACCUGAAUAUUAAAGGAAACAACAAGGCUAUUAUUCGAGGAAAUGAGGGAGUCUACAUCAUGGGCCGGACUGUGGAGUUUAAAAUGGGAGGCGACGUUGAGCUCAGGGCUGAGAACAGCAUUGUCCUGAAUGGUUCAGUCAUGUUCAACGCCUCACGCAUCCCAAAGUCUGCAGGCGAUGCGUAUUUGGAUAAGGGUGAGGAGAGGUACAAGUUAUGCAUGUGCGCAGAUGGGACCCUGUUUCGUGUCCAGGUGAAGUAUCAUAACAUGGGCUGCCAGACAUCAGACAACCCCUGUUGAACUGUUCACUAAGAGACUGGAACAGCAUAUGCUGUUAAAAUGGCCUCCAAUCAGCCAUCACUGAAGUCUGCUAGACCACUUGCAUAUGAAAACCACAGGACAUCUCACAUGACUCACUCAUAAUGAUGCCACUGCAAAUCUCUUGUAAAAACCCUUGCAAAUACUUUGUUUUUUGCCUGCCUUCUUUUUCUUUUUUUUUGCCAAACAAGGAUUGUGUUAUCAAUCAUUUCCAUUUAGCUAAAGGUGUGUAUUUAAGUGCAAACGUAUUUUCAUUGUUCUAUAGAUUUUGUUAACUAAAUCUGAGAUACAUGAAAGUUACCAUAGCAACUCUUUGCACUGCUAUAUAUCUCUUUAUUUUACUGUGCUUUACACUACCAGUUGGUAGGGAUUACUAGUUACAGUAGUUUUUUUCCCCUUACCAUCCAGUAAUAUUAAUAGACAAACCCUCAAGGGAAAGUUGUCUAAAAAUUUAUUUGCUGUUGUUUGCCUUUUCUGGCAGUUGUGUGUGAUGCAUUUUCCCCAUUAUAGACAUCUGAAAUUGGUGAAACUGUGGGAAACUGUGGUUGUUGCUUAAUAAUAGGUACUGAAAUGCGCAGAUUUAUGAUGAUUUGGGUUAAAUAAAGACUGAAUAAAAACAGUGUAAGCCAACCAGUAUUAGCAGAUCUAGAGUGGAUCUAUUCCCAUGCAUCUCGGGCUUUCCAUCUUGCCUUGUGCCAAUGGAUUUACAAGGGAUUAUAUUGUGAUAAUCAAAUUAUGUUUAAAAAGCCUAUUUUCAUAUUUAAUUGUGUUAUUGCAUUGUUUGAAAAAUGAACAGGAAGGUGCAUGCACUAAAUUUCAAUACAGAUUAAUUGAAAUGGUUUUUUUUUCACUGUUAACAAUCAUGAAGGUCAUGUGUGUGUUUUGAACAACUUAGUUUGAGGCCUAAAUCACUAAGUGGAAUGAAUUUUGUGCAAUACCGCAUAGCUCUGUUUCAGUGCUAUCAAGUUUGAGUUUAAAUUUUUAUUUUGCCUUGGAGUGUUUUUUUUGUUUUAUAACACAACAUUUAAGAAAGUGUUAGAAUGUCUGUUAAAAAAAAGUGAAGAAUUUGUCUGUAGCACCAGUUGUGAAGAAACGUACUGAAUUUCUUCGGUCAGCUAUGUUGAAUUUAGGCUCUUGAAAGGAAAACUGUUGCAAUGGGCCUUAUUUAAAUAACCCUGUCAAGGAUUUCAUCGCUGUUUGUUUCAAUAAAUAAAUAUG